CAUGGAGGUGCCGGGCAUCGAGGAGCCGGAGCCGGGCGCGUCCGCCGCCCCCAGCGAGGAGAUCGACCUCUCCCUGGAUGACAUCAUCAAGCGUAACCAGAAGGCCCAGCCGAACCGGAAACCCUGGCAGCACCAGCUGAAGACCCGGAACCUGUCCUCUGGCAACAGGAGGCCUCGAUUCCAGAGCUGGGGACCCCCAACCCUGCCAGGACCUGGCCGAUUUCCCAAAGGAUUUCGGAAGCCACCGUGGGCCAGGAAGCCUUUCUGGAGCAGGAUGGGAACCCCAGGCCCCAGGGCAGCAGGGCAGAUGGCGGGCAGGAGCCCCCUCAACCGGCCAGCCUUUGCCCAACAGGAGAAGCCAGGGAAGGCCCCCAUGGGCAGGAACGGUGAUGGAGCCCCCCAGGACUCUCAGCCAGAAGCCCCCGCAAGAGCCAAGGCCUUCCAAAGAGCAGGGGUGUCUCUGCCAUUUCGGAGACCCUUCCGGUUAACCCGAGGCCGAGCCUUUGGCCAGAGCCAGGCCAGAUUCAACUUCCACCAAAGGCAAGUCAACUCCAAGAAGGAGCAGAAAGCUAUGAGGGGGAGAAGGUGGAGAACGCAGCCCAGCUCCGGAGCAGUCCUGACCGUCUCGGUGUCUAACCGUCAGGCUGGCCACCCCCAGGGGCCAGGACAGAAGCGUCCCUUCCAGAGAAGGCGAAACAACCAGGCCCCGCAGCUUCGCUGGCGGCCGAGAGGAGUGAUGCUAAGAUUCAACUUCCGGGCGAUGGCUAACCAGACCAGUGUGACCCUGAACGAGCGGUUCUCUGGGCUUUGGCACAAACGCCGUUUUUCAACGGAAUGCAACGCCGGCCGGAUGGUGACUCUGCCGUAAGCCCCGAUGGGACCAGGCCAAAGCUGGAAAGACGUCAGCCUUCCAAGGCCACCAAUUGCCUGGGGCUACCUGAGGAGGCCCCUCACCAACCGCAGCUUGGGAGGAAUCUUCUCAAUGGGGAUGGUGAUCUCCAGAGGUCCUUCUUCACCUGAGCCGUGUCUCCAAAGGCUGAGCCUAAAAGGCACAAGCAGUCUUUUUUAUAGUCUGGAGAGGAGCCUAAUGACCACUAGCUGAGUGCAAUUAAAAGGCACCUGCG